GUAUAGCUUUAUUGUAUUUACAUCUGUAUAGAAUCUUCAACGUGGAGGAAUAUUUGAAGCGAGCUAAAGGUCACAUCAAGCUAAGUUUACAUUACAUACGUAGUAGACGUCAAUCAUUCCUGUGUGGCGAUGCCGGCCCAUUAGCCGUAGGCGCUGUCAUUUACCACAUGACUGGCAAAGAGGACAAGAGCCAAGAGUUACUACUGAGGUUGAAAGAUAUGCAUUAUGUCGUGUUGAGUCCAGAAUAUAUUGUUCCAGAUGAAAUGUUGUAUGGAAAAUCAUGGUGCCAUGGUUCACCAGGAGUUGUUUAUAUGCUGUUACAGGCCUACAAGACUUUCAGUGAUGACAAAUAUUUGGAGCAUGCCAAAAGUUGUACAGAUAUAAUAUGGAAAAGAGGUUUAUUAAAGAAGGGUUAUGGUCUAUGUCAUGGCACUGCUGGCAAUGCCUAUGCUUUCCUGGCUCUCUAUAGAGUUACUGGCGAUAACACAUAUCUGUACAAAGCUUAUAAA